CAAGAUACAAGUGACAGUGAGGACUGAGGAAACAAAACAAAGUGAGUUCCUGUUAGUAACCAAACUAACAAAUGCUUGGCACGUCUUCACUUUCGAGGAAGUGAAGAACACUAUAUUCAGCAAUUACUAUAGUUUACUAUGCCGGAAACCCCAAAACACUUGCAAGGGUUGUAGUCGGAGAAAGCUUAUGGGGGAGAGCGUAAGGGUUCGAUUGAUAUUCAAGGAGCGGCACAUUCUCAGCGAAUUACAGGAGAAAUCAGAGGGUCUGAGCCAUAGUUGGUUCCUUCUCAAACCCCAACAGCACAGAACCAUCUCUGACCUCUCCUCUUCUGUUCUUCACACUUUUCAGCUCCAUCACUCUUGUCCUCAUGGCCUUCUCCUCUCUAUGGAUGGCUUUGUCUUGCCCCCUUUUGAAUCAACUUGUAUCUUGAAGGAUAAUUCUAUAGUCAGUGUGAAGAAGAAAGGAGGUGUUUUAGCCAUUGAAGGAAAUGAUGUGCCUAAUAUAGCUGAGAAUAUCAGAAUUGUUGAGAAGCAACCUGUAAACACGGGACAAUUGCUGUUGGCGAAUGAGGAGGAGUUUGACAAUGAAUCUGGAGGUUAUGAGAGUGAAGAGCCCGAAGAAGAGAAUGAACACAAGGAAGAAGCAGCUGACCCAGUAAAACAUACUAGUGCACAUCUGGAAAAUUCUUUGGGUUGUAAUGUGAUCUCCGAGAAAAGAAAGGCAUCGGAAACACUUCUUAGCUCGAAGAAGAAGAAGCAUCAUUCUGAAGUUGCAGAGGAGGUUGACGAGCAGACCAAGAAAGCUCACCAAGAUCUCACAAGCAAGAAGAGUCUUUGCAAGCAAAAGAAGGUAGCUGAUCUGGAUAGCAAAGAUAUAGAUAGUAACAAAGGAAGUGCUGAAAGUAGCAAGGCUAAUGACAGCAUUUCCGGCAUGAAGAGGAAUAACAAGGUUCAAGAGAAAGGCGUGGAGAAUGUGGAGGCAACCCCCAAGCCUGUUAAAAAGGGCCCUAGUAGAAGUGCUCGGAGACAAUAUGCGAAAAGACAAUGGUUGCGAGAAAUGAUCAAAAUUUACAAGCAGCAUGCAGCUACCGAAUCAGAUGGACCUCAAAACGGGAAGGAAUUGCAGGCUAAUGCUGGAAGAAGAGCUGGUAAAUUUCAUUCAAAGUGGCAUGUUGAUGGUGAGACUGAUGGCAGGGCAAGGGGACGUGGGAAUUGGAAACAGCAGCAAAUUAAAGCUAAAAAUCAAGAAGUGAUUGGCCAACCAAAGGGACUUCUACACUGGAAGCAAUUGCGCGAAGAAGAUAAGGGUAGAAAUACAAACAGACAAGAGCAGACGAAUGAAAAAAGCACUGUGUGUAAAAAACCAGGUCAACACAGUGAUAUGGAGGAUGAAGUUGUUCCAGAUCAAGCUUUGCAGCAGGAUCAAAUGCAAGAGAUAGAUUUUUCGUCACUUCUUGAAGCUCGCCUUGUCAAAAAUGGUACUUCAAACUCUGCAGCCGGACUUUCUGGUUGGCCCAGUAAAAUGGAGGAUUAAACCUCUGGGAACAACUGAGUGAGACUACAAAGGCGAAGAUGGGACAGUUACAUAUUAAAAGUAGCUGGGGUAAGGGGAGCUCUGGGGAGAGUUCAUGGUCGCACAGAGCCUUCCUAGAAUGGCCUUUCGAAGAUCUAAAAAGGAAAUAUGAGAUGAAGCAAAACUUGUAUAUAUUGUUAUUUACUCUCGGAAUUUUAGCUGAAUGAAGAGGGCUAACUCCGUUUUGGCAGGUAUGUGGGGAAAGUUGAUGCUUAUAGUAGCAGCAAGUUUGUGGUCUUAACGCAUUGCCCAGUGGCUAGUGUUAUCUGUAAGUCUAUCCAUUUCAAAAAAUGUUCCAUAUGUAGCUUGCCGAAAACUUGUUUACUUUUCUUGUAUUGUACUGCAAGUUUCUUUCCAGAAACUAGUUUGAGCUUUUGGUGUAAAGAAAUUCUAGCUUGUGUAUGUU